UUCCUUCCCAAUCCCUAAUCACGGCCGCAACCUCCAUCCCAACGAGGGCAUCGGCCGCGGCAGCAUGCAUCCGCAGGCACAAUCGCCACGGCGGAUUUCGUCUUCCCUGGCGAUCUCAGCGACGGCCACGUCUGCCCUGGCGAUCUCAGCGACGGCCACGACGGGAUGCAUCUCCGAACUCCCCAUCAGCUUCGUGGAAAAAUUCUCAUCACGUGAUAAGCUGCAACAGAUCGUCACGGCGGCUUCUACUGUUAAGGAUGUUGAACAUGCAUCAGCGGUGAUCCAUAAUUCAAGUGUUGACCAUUGGUGUGCCUCUGCAUCUAGCCAUGGUGUGGCCCAUCUCACUUGCCCUGCUACGUCUGUUGAAAAUACUAGUGCUGCAGAAUAUGAACCAAACUUCAGUAUGGUGGAUGGAGCUUCAGCUACAGAAUCAGGUAAAAGCUUGCAAACUCAAAUGAAUGAGCGAGAAUUUGCUACGCCAAGAAAGAAAGAAAGCAUUCCCCUAUUCUGCUCGUCUUUUACGCCGAGUUGCGACGAAAAAUUGAAGCCUAAAGUAGGGAUGGCAUUUGAAGGGCUUGAGGCUGUGGAGGAGUUCUACAAGUCGUAUGCACAUCAUGUGGGUUUUGGAGUUCGUGUCGGACAGCAGAAAAAGUUGAACAAAGAAGUGGUUCGGACAAAGCGUUUCAUGUGCAGCAGGGAAGGAUUUAGGACUGAGAAGAACAAGGAGACUAAAGACCCAUCAAACCAAUCAAAGAAAAGCCGUAAGAAUACAACCACACGAUGCGGUUGUGAUGCACAUAUCUUCGUCAAAUUGUGUGGCGACAACACCUACAAGAUACAAUCAUGGGUUGAGCACCAUAGCCAUGGCCUUGUAUCACCUGAUAAACGUCACUUGAUCAGAUCAAAUCAUAAAGUUAAUGAGAGGGCAAAAAAUAUGUUGUACACAUGUCACAAAGCAAGCAUAGGUACAUGCCAGGCGUACAGGCUCCUUCAAGUCAGCGAAGGUGGAUUUCCGUAUGUUGGAUGCAGCAAGAGGGACCUGCAAAACUACUACCGUGACCUCAGGCUUAAAAUUAGGAACGCCGAUGCUCAAAUGUUUGUCGCUCAGCUAGCUAGAAAGCAAGAAGUCAAUCCAGCUUUCUUCUAUGAUUUUGUUGUUGACAAAGAGGGGAACUUAAUGUAUGUUUUCUGGGCAGAUGCCAUGAGUAGGAAAAACUACAGUCACUUUGGGGGUGAUGGUGUGGUAUCCUUCGAUUCUACUUACACCACUAAUCAAUACGACAUGAUCUUUGCACCAUUUACAGGGGUCAAUCAUCACUUACAGAGUGUGUUUUUUGGUGCGGCAUUCUUGUGCAAUGAGCAGACUGAGUCAUAUGUUUGGUUACUCGAGACCUUCCUUAUAGCAAUGGGAGGGGUAGCACCUAGACUCAUUAUAACAGAUGAAGCUGUUAGCAUGAAGAAUGCGAUUGAAACAAUUUUUCCGACCACAGUGCAUAGGUUAUGUAUGUGGCACAUAAUGGAAAAACUUCCGGAGAAGAUUGGACCAAUAAUUAGAGAAGAGUCUGAAUUUUGGGACAAGAUGAAUUCGUGUGUAUGGGGUUCGGAAACUCCAGCAGAGUUUGAAUCACAAUGGAAUUCCGUCAUUACGGAGUAUGGCUUGGAGGAAAAUGAGUGGCUGGUUAAAAGAUUUAGCAUUCGCGAGUCAUGGAUACCAGCUUACUUUAUGGACAUACCAUUGGCGGGUAUUCUCCGAACCACUUCAAGGUCUGAAAGUGCAAAUUCAUUUUUUAACCGUUUUAUUCAUCGUAAGCUUGCUUUGGUUGAGUUCUAGCUUAGGUUUGACACAACAUUAGAAUGCCAACGAGAAGAAGAGUUGAUUGCUGACAAGUCAAGCAUUCAUACAACCCCGCAACUAUUGACACCAUGGGAAAUGGAGAAACAAGGUAGAGGUGUGUUUACAUAUGAGGUGUUUGAGAAAUUUCAGAAAGAGAUUGUUGCAGCAAGAGACCAUUGUUGCAUCCAAGGCAUUGCACAAGAUGGAACACUAAAAAUAGUGACAUUGAGAGGUCGAUCCCAUAGGAUUAGGGAAGUUCAGUGUGACACCACAACCAUGAUAGCUCAUUGUUCAUGUAAGUUAUUUGAAACAAUUGGAAUCCCGUGCCGCCAUAUCAUGCAGGUGUUGAGGACUGAAAAUCAAAAUGAACUUCCAUCGUACUACAUUAUGAAAAGAUGGAAGAAACGGUGCAAAAGGGAGAAUGUGUAUGAUGAGCAUGGGAAUUUAAUAGAAGAGAAGGCAACCGAUUCGUUGAAUGAAGCUACGAGGAAGAAGAUUUCAAUUGUACGCAACAAGUUGGAAGAUCUAAUUCAGAAGGCCAAGCACUCGGAUGAAGGCAUGGAUUUUCUAACAUCAAGUGUAUUAAAUAUUGAAGCACCUUUGGAUGAAAUGGUUCCUACAUCAGGUGUGAAGCACACUAGACAAGAUGAGUAUGAGGCUUUUAUUGGUUGCAAUAUUCCUACUGAAAUUGACAUACACCCACCAACUGAUGUUCGCACGGUGGGAAGAUGCAAAAGAAUAAAGAGAGAAAAGGAAAUAAGUGAGGAGGAACAGAAAAAGAAGAAGAAGAAGAAGGAAGCCAAGGUAAAGGUUGCACGCUUGUGCAAGACGUGCAAACAAAUAGUUUUUCAUGAUAGUCGCAAUUGUCCUAGCAAAAAAGAAGGCAAAGGGGCUGAGACUGUGCUGCAAAUGAAGCCAAGUGGUGCUCCAUGAUGGCUCUCAGUCUGUUGAAAAACAUGAAUUUGUAUUAGUGAGAUACUAAUAUUAUUUCCUUGAUGUAUUGAAUUCUUAUGAUUGAUGGAAA